UGUAGAUCGUGGAAGAUUAUAUAAAACUAGAGUAGAAGGCUUUGUUCUCAACACUUUCAAACGGGUCGCGAGAGAGAUUAGAAAGUAUCGAAUGGAGCAAAUUAGGGUUCUUUCCCGUUUGGCAGUAACUGUAACUUGCUUGGUGUGUUUAGGAUUUAGUGUUGGGAUGUGUAAACGGUCAGAUUCCUUGAUCAAGACGGUAGUGUCUAGGUCUAACGACGACUUGCUCUAUUCCGCUAAGCUCCAUAAGGUACAAGAUAUCACGGAAUCGGGAUGGGAUUCACUUGUGAUGAUGUCUGAACUCCCCGUGCUGGUUAUGUUCACAUCCGACCAGUGCAAACGUUGUCCCAUGAUGGAUCGCGUACUGGACCUAGAGGACGAGAUAUACACGGGUAGGUUCAAUUUCUACACGAUCGACUUUGACAAGGCGCCUGUCAUCGCAGAAAGGUACAACGUACGUGAGCUUCCGACCAUAAUUUUCAUCAGACGUGGAUACUUAGAGGAGCAAGUCAUCGGAUUUAAUCCAGCCAAAGUAAUGAGACUCCUGGAGAAAUAUGCAGAGAAAUGAGACUACUCGAGUUCGUUUAUUAUAUAAUUUAUAUUCGCUGCUUCCUUUGUUGAACCUUUGCUUCUGUGCACAACUUCUAUAUGCAGUGUAGUGUUGUUCGUCUCUGUAUUAAUCAUUUUACAAAAUGAAACGAGAAUAAAAUUCC